CAGCCUUGAGCUACAGCAGCCAGGCUCAGGCGCUUCGGUGACGCCUUCUUCACGCAAUAGCGUGCCGACCAGCCCUGGUCUCCACGUCUCAGGUUUCGCAAAGACGCAUGGGAGCACCCGGGACGAAGGCGUGUCAAGAUGGCGGAAGCGGAGGAGUCUCCUGGAGAACAGGAAACAUCACCAUCUAAGCCUUUGUUUGCUGGCCUUUCGGAUAUAUCAAUUUCCCAAGACAUCCCAAUAGAAGGCGAGAUUACUAUCCCAGUGAGUGCUCGUGCUCACGAACGGAACAGCUCCACACUAAAUGAAUCUGUCCGCCAUACCAUCAUGCGUGAUCUGAAAGCUGUGGGAAAGAAAUUUAUGCACGUUUUAUAUCCAAGGAAAAGCAAUGCUCUAUUAAGAGAUUGGGAUUUGUGGGGCCCAUUAAUACUCUGCGUAACACUUGCGUUGAUGCUACAGAAAAAUUCUAUGGAUGGAGAAAAAGAUGGAGGACCACAGUUUGCAGAAGUAUUUGUUGUCGUCUGGUUUGGAGCAGUCACCAUCACACUCAAUUCAAAACUUCUUGGCGGAAACAUUUCCUUCUUUCAGAGCCUCUGUGUGCUGGGAUACUGUAUACUUCCUUUGACUGUUGCAAUGCUGAUUUGCCGCCUGCUGCUUUUGGCAGGGCAAGGACCAGUAAACUUCAUGAUUCGGCUUUUUGUGGUAUUGGUGAUGUUUAGUUGGUCUGUGAUUGCAUCUACAGCCUUUCUCGCUGAUAGCCAACCUCCAAACCGCAAAGCUCUGGCUGUGUAUCCAGUCUUUUUAUUCUACUUCGUCAUCAGUUGGAUGAUACUCACAUUCACUCCAUAAGUCCGAAUCCGCACACUGAAACCCAAUGAACUGAAGGCUCACCUGAAAGAUAAUGGUUUACCAACAGCAACUUCCCCACUCUCUUGUUCAGUGUUUGAGGUUUUAAAAGGGAGCCAUAUAGCACUGUUGUCAUUUACAUAAGGAACGGAUAUUUGCAAGGCUGUCCUUUUCCUCUUAAUGUUAUUACUUUCAAAUACUUGUGCAUAUCACACAUAGUAACAUGCCUCCUUAAGGCAGGAAGGAUAAUGUCACUGGUUCAUUUGUGUGACAACCAGUGACUUGAGCAAGUAGAUCCACUCUACAAAUUCAAAAGAGUUGGUGACCAUCUUUCAGCUUGGAGAAUAUUUGUUCAGGUGCAGCUCUAAAACACAUUGCCUUAUGACUGUUAGAAUAUGCCUCUUUUCAUAAAUAAUAGUCUGUAUCCACUUUUUUCUUUUCUCCCCUAAAUAUGAGAAGGCAACGGCAAAGGUUAGGAAUGAGGUUUGUAGAUGUGGGAGGAAAAACCAUGCAUUAACUAAUUUUCAGAUUUUGAUCAGAGGUACUGCUAUACUUGGUUUGUUUUUAAGCAAACGACAUCUAAGGACUCAGCUUUCUGUCAUGUGUAAUAGGACCUUGGCUAACAUUCUAGUUUUGGUUUGGUUUGGGUUUUUUUGGUUUGGUUUGGUUUGGGUUUUAUGAGACAGGGUCUCUCUGUGUUAGCCUUGGCUGUCCUGGGCUUGUUUUGUUGUUCAGGCUGGCCUCGAACUC